CCAGCGCGAAAGGGAGAGGCGAUGGGGUGGACCGGGCGUGUGCGAUUUCUUGCCUCCCAACUAGGCUGGCAACCAAUUUGGGCCAGUAGAGGGGACACCAGGGGCUGGGAGGAUGGUUGGAGGUGGCCAAGAAAAGAGGCACUCGCCGUUGUUGGGGAGGGCCUAAGAGCAGAGUACUUGCGCCCAAGGCGACCCGAGAUGAGGUCCCCACAGCGCUGCCCCCAGAGUUCGAAAAUGAAGAAAGUGCGUUUCUCUUUAGCCCCCCAAGAAACGGGGAACAGAGCCGCCAGGGAACCGGCAGCUAGGACUUAUUCGGCAGCCCGCGAGGUUCAGCCGAUCCAGGCUGGACCGGCCAGGGCUGGGGUGAGGUGCGACCCGCGGGGUUGCUGGGCAGCGCCAAGACACAAGGAGCACAGAACGGAGAAACUGAGAAAACCUUCCGCAAGGGGACGCCAUUUCCGCGUGGCGCAGCACCGUGACACUAGCGCUCUCUCCUUGACAGGGAGCCUGUGUGAACAAUACGAGGACCUUGGAGAUGAACCCUUGGAUUCCCAGAGCAAGUUUGCCAAGGAAUCUGAGAGUUCCACUGACCUGUAUCUUAAUUUCCUAAAUGCAAUUUUCGAGCGACAGACGCUAACAAAGUCAGAGACGAAGUUUAAAGAAAAGGCAAUGAGGGAGCUGAGGAAGCUGAACAGCCGAGCAAAACAAGCUCAAAUGCGGCAAGAAUCACUAAUGCAGGAAACCAAAGAGCUAUACAAUGAAAAGUUACUUGUCCAAACUGAAAACCAGUUCUUUCUGGACUACCUAAACAACGAAACUGAGAAGUAUAGAAGACAGCCUGAAGAGCUAUGGAACCAGUAUUUACAAAAAAGGGAAGAGCUUGCACAAAGGAGACAAGAAUUAGCCUCCAAAUAUGCAAAACAAACCUCAGGGUAUAAAGAGGAGCUCUUGCAGAAGGAAAACCUCCAAUCCAAUUUAAAACAGCAGUUGCAGGCACUCAGGGGUGUUUCCCUAGUAAAGGAGAAACAGGAGAGAGAAAUGCAGGUAUUAGAGGACAAGAAAAAGGAAGCCCAAGCUGAGAUAGAUGCAAAGAAAUGGGAAAUACAGGUCCAGUUGGUCCAGGAAAAAGCAUUACUGGACAAACAGCUGAGUGAGUCAGACCGGAAGCAGUUGGGAAAGAGGAAAAGACAGGAGCUCGUAAGGAGGGCCCAUGCCUUGCAGUCGGAAGCAAGGCAGUAUACUUUUGAGUUCUACCGUGACGUCAGGAGAGAGAACCGGCAGUUAAAGAAGGAAUUAGAGCAGCAGGCCCAGCAGUGCCAGGAGCUGCAGGCCACUAAGGGCCAGCUCAUAAAUCAGAAGCAGCACCUGCAGCAAGAACAGUGGUACGUGGAGUCCUUAGUCCGGGGGAGGAACCGACUGCAGAAAAGGCAUAACCCGUGCCCAGGAUUGGAUGCUCCAGAGGUGCUCCAUAACACCUCUCCUAAGUACCAAAUCAAGUAUUAAUCCAAAGCACUUCCCAAAAUAACCGAUUAUAUAAGCACUGGAGCAAGAAUUCUCACGUGCUGUAUAAACCUGGUUCCAAAGGCUUUGGGAUCUCAGACUGCUAUGGUAAAACACCCAUCGUGAUGUGUUAGUGUGAAAGAUUAGGUGCUUUUCUUCCAGCAGUACUGCUGGAUAUUUAGGUUUUCCUUUAAUUGAUCUUGUUGAUAACCAGGAUGUUCCUCAAAUCUCCAGAUAACCCAAUACCAUUUCCUAAACACCUGUACUUCAAACUAGCUCAAGGAAACCACCUUGAGGAAAUGAAAACAGUUGUGUGACUUAUUUCAUCUAGCUAAACUAGAUUUCUUUAUGUAAAAAACACCUUUAAGAACAAUUUCAGAUUGACUUUAUGUAGUGCCUUCUGCUCUGUAAACCAAUUAUCCUGCCUCUUGACCAGCUCCACACAAAGGCAAAGUGUUUUUUAAAGCUCUUUUUCAAGUUCACACCAGUGGCCAGGCACGUCCUUCUCUAGUUUUGUCAAGAGUGAAAAAGUAAUCUUACUAAACUGCAAGUUCGGGAAGAGUUAGGAAGAAAAGAAAGCACUAGGCAGGAGGAUCUUUUGUCUGAUGCUCCACCCCUCAACUGAGUAAAUUGAGAAAGGAAGAGCAGAAAGGGGAUGAAUAUUUGGUCAACGCCUACUUUUGACAAUCUUCUGUAAAGAAAUGCCUCUAGCAUUAAUGAGGUGACUGAAUGCCUCUGCUUGUUUUAGGAAAAUAUAUCAAAAAAGUGUUAAAAUAUUUGGACUUUUUUAAAGAGUCUUGUGCCAUCUAUUUCCCUAACAUUCUAAAUUCUAAGAUAACAAGAUCGUUUAAUGUUAAAUAUAAUAAGUACUUCAGUUUUAGGUCACUUAACUACAUUUUCUAACUGUGCACUUGAUAGAACAUGAAAUGCCUUUUGUAAUUAAUAUGUGCCUUAUAUUUCUGUCUAUUUAGAAGAACUGGAAAUAAGAUUUUUAAUUAGUAUAGACGUUUAGUUUUUAAAAAAUUUUUGCACUAAAAAAAUGUAAUAAAAAUUGUUUGCACUUAUGACAUAUUGAUGAUUAGACUAGUCAUUUAUUUGAAUGCUAAAUCCUAGUACAGGAAUAUAACCCCAUGUUUUAACAUCACUCUUCUAUGGGGAAAUGUAAUCCAACUUUGUGUUCCAGAAAUUGCCAGUGAUAAGAAACUACAAAUAAUUUUCAUGAAUUUUGUUUUAUUCCUAUGUAAAAUGAAUCUUUAAAAUUGAUUAAAAAUUUUUUUCUCCCUCAA